UUUUCUCUAUAAUCCCAAUUUCCAACUACCAUUUUCCUAAACACCAUCUUCGCAACUCAAAAUAAAAAAUUACAUUUUUCAUCAUGGCAACUCAAGCAGGCCUCUUCACCCCAACAAUCACCACCCCAAAAAACAGCAAGCUUCCACUGAUCCCAUGGAAACCAGCCUCAUCAUUUUCAUUCACCACUCCCAGACCUCUCACUCUGUCCACAUCUCAGAGGACAAUCAGAGCCGCGGCUGCAGAAGAAGCCCCAGCAACAGCAGCACCCGCAAAGGAAGCUCCGGUGGGCUUCACCCCACCGGAACUAGACCCCAACACCCCAUCACCGAUCUUCGGAGGAAGCACAGGAGGGUUGUUGAGAAAGGCCCAAGUUGAAGAAUUCUAUGUUAUCACAUGGGAAUCACCCAAAGAACAAAUCUUUGAGAUGCCCACCGGAGGAGCGGCGAUAAUGAGACAAGGACCGAACUUGUUGAAGUUGGCGAGGAAAGAACAAUGCUUGGCUCUCGGGACGAGAUUAAGAUCAAAGUACAAGAUCAAGUAUCAGUUUUACAGGGUGUUCCCUAAUGGUGAGGUGCAAUAUCUUCACCCCAAAGAUGGAGUUUAUCCGGAGAAGGUGAACCCUGGACGUCAAGGGGUGGGGCAAAAUUACAGAUCAAUUGGGAAGAAUGUCAGCCCCAUUGAGGUUAAGUUUACUGGAAAACAAGUUUAUGACUUGUAAGAUAUUGUGAGGAAGCUUAUUGAGAUUGUGAUGAUGUAAUCUUAGUUUAAGAUUCUCUAUCUAUUUUUUAAGAUUUUAUAAUUA